CUCGACGUGAGCGGGCAGCAAAGCGCUAGGGCCGGCGCGCAGGUUGUACAAAGGGUUGGUGCGAAGAAGAGCAGUAGCGUGCUUGACAGUGGGGCUGGGGAGGCCAGGGUUGUGAAGGAGGAGGAGGAGGAGGCCAAGGAGGAUGCGGGCAGCAAGGGUGCGCAUGUGGUGUUAUGUGGCGGUUGCAGGCGGUGGUGCUCGUUGCUGGCAUGGGAUGAGGAUGCUGGGAAAAGGCUAGACAGCCACGGUGGUGUGCUUCACUGACACGAAGGGCGCGAACUUGGUGUAACGGGGGGGGGGCACUGGUAUACCGGUAUCGCCUGCUUGCGAUGGUUGCCAACCCGGUGCGCCGUAGGAAUUGCGAAAGACAACGUGUUGAGCCUACACCCACAUGUCCCGGGGCAAUGCCAGUCCUCCCUUUCUGGCGUUGCGGCCUCCUAUUGCAUGUCGAGGCGGGUCGUACGGGGGAUGGACGAGGCGUCGCAGUUCAAGCAAGGUUCAUAGCAGUCGGUUUGUAUCGUUAGCCGUAGUGAGCUGUUGGGGUUGCUACCGCUUUGGUACUGGAACAAAGUUCCCACCGCUCUGAUGCGAUCCCGCGCAAGCAUAUUUCCGAGUUCCUCACGCUGCCUAUAAGCAUCGGGUAAUGCUGAUAGGGAGAAGUGUACAGUAAGAUUUCAUCUGUAGGAGGGAUUCGUGUGCCUAAUAUGUCUCGCUGUUAGGCUGUGUUCGGAGGAGGGAGGAUGCCGCCCAACAGUUCGCUGGCCGCGGAGGCCGAUGUAUCUUUCUUCGGGCCUGAUGAAGUGCAAGCACACAGUCAGCUUGUCAAGCUUGAAGAGGAAAUCCAGUCGGCAAUUGAUCAAAUUCCCGGUUCAUGGGAAGCUGCAGCGAUAGGAGGCUCAGCUGUGACGGACAAGCUCCUUCAAGAGCUUCUUUCUCGCAUGCGUGGUCAGAUCAGGGACCUCGAACUAUUAUCAGAAGAGCAGGACACGGAUGAUCAAACAGCUGCAGUCGAGGCAUGCGUGGAGCUCCACCAGGCAGAGUACCAGAGGCUGGCUGCUGCCAUCGCGACGGCGAAGCGGCAAGCACGGCGGCAGCAGCAGCAGACAGCUGAGCAGCAGCGUCGCGAGUUGUUCGCGGGCGCCAGCCUGCCCGCGCUGCAGCGGGAGUAUCGCUCGGUGGCGGAGGCGGUGGGGGGCACCCGGCAGGUGACGGAGAGCUUGCAGCGCGCGCGGGCGGUGCUGGGGCAGCAGGUGGAGCAGACGGCGGCAACCAUGGCGGUGCUAGACAGCAGCAACGCGGUGCUGGGUGCGGCCAAGGAGGAGUUCACGGGGCAGCAGCAGCUCAACCGGCGG